AUGAAAAUUUUUGCAUUUUUGGCGAGUGUUUCUUUCGCGGUUGAUUGCAAAGAUGGCAAUAAUGGAGGAUGCUCUCACAGUUGCAAAGCUGGGACUUGCAUUUGCCCUACUUGCUGGGUUCUCACAGCCGAUAACAUGACUUGUUUGCCCGAAGCUGGCAAAGCUACUGUCUCCUGUAGCUCGACAGACAUGGCGAUCACGGUUGAUCCCUGCGUCGUCGACCUGGCAAGUUCAAUAACGCUCAUUGACAGUUCCUGUGCCGCUACCAGCGAUAGCGAUGGUAACUACCACCUCUCAGCUGGACUCGACGAGUGCGGCGCUGAAUAUACAGUUAACAGCGAUGAUGAUACAAUUGUCUUCUCCAACAAGCUGCUGGCCGGUCCGGGUAUUCGAGACAGACGAAUCGUUUCUCGACCGAUCACCAUGUCCUUUGAGUGCACGUUCUCCACUUUCUACGAAGACGUCAAUUUUAAUCAAUCCGUCGAUGCGGGUCUUGUCUCCGCCUCAUUCGACUUUGGUGAUGCGCAGCCCGAUACAGCCUUUUUCUCAUAUGGACUCCAGUUCUACACCGAUGAUAGUUACGAUACUCUCCUUGAUGUCGAGAACGCUGUCAUCGCUGUUGGAAACACUAUCUACGUCGCUGUAGAGAACAUGGUCCCCGUUAGCGGACUCGUCUUCACGGUCGAGUCCUGUACCGUGAGCGAUCCCUCGAUCGGUGCCGAAUUCAAGUUGAUUGAAGACCAAUGUCCAAAUAUCAUUGCGUCUAUGGAAAAUUUCGCCGACGCUGAACAAGUUCGAUUCAGUUUCACUUCCUUCCUUUUUCCCAAUUCUGAUGACGACACUGAGCUGAACUUCUCUUGCGAUGUUGUUAUCUGCGAUGGUGGGGAUUCUGACUCAAUUUGCUCGACAGACCCUAACUGCAGUUCACGAAAACGACGAUCAAAUGAUGAUCAAAUUGGAUAUUCCGUCAGAACGGCGAAAACAUUAACUUUCAGAAAGUAA